AUGAAGAAUUUUGGCUUUGAGCAAUGUGAUCAUGAUCACUGUCUAUUUAUAAGGGGUUUAGGUAUAAAUUUAACUGUUUUACUUGUGUAUGUAGAUGACAUACUCAUCACUUCAGCCUCUGAGGAACAAAUCAUGAAUGUUAAGGAUUAUCUCAAUGAACUGUUCACUGUGAAGCACUUAGGAACUGCCAAAUAUUUCCUAGGACUUGAACUUGCUCAUUCAGCUGAAGGGUUAGUUGUUACACAACACAAAUACGCUCAAGAUAUCAUCAAAGAUAUAGGAUUGAGCAAAGGAAAACAUACCACUACUCCAUUGCCUGCAGGGUUAAAGUUAUCAACUGAAACAGGGGCUGACCUUACUGAACCUUCCAAGUAUAGAAGGCUCAUUGGGAGGCUAUUAUACCUGAGCUUCACAAGGCCAGAUUUUUGCUAUGUUGUGCUGCAACUGAGCCAGCAUCUUCAGCAUCCUUGUGAAAAACACUGGGAUGCUACAACACAUGUUGUUAGAUAUUUGAAAGGUACUGCCUCCACAGGUUUGUUUUUCCCCUCUAAUGCCGAUUUCUCACUUCGUGUCUUUUAUGAUGCAGAUUGGGCUGCAUGUCAUCUAACAAGAAAAUCACUAAGUGGGUUCUGUAUCUUCAUUGGGCAGACUCCUAUAUCCUGA